AUGUCUGAAUCAGCAGCCGGAUUACAGUAUCAGGGCUUUGAUAUGCCAACGAUCAAGUUUAUCGCCGCGAGACUCAGACCUGUCAGUGAUCUACUUGAAACUUAUGCGGAUCUAAGCGUCAAUUCCAAAUCGGCCGAUCAUUGGAAAUCGAUGCCUCAGACGGAGCUUAAUUCGCAAUAUGAGCGUAUGGCAGAGUGUAUCUUCCAGCAUUUAGAGGCAUCAAAGAGAGAAUACCCAGACGCAUUUGAGGAUCUGAAAGUCAAGCUCACCGGCACAAAGUUACUCACCUGGGACAAGUUCUCCGACGUCGGCUCCGAUGAAUCUGCCAUACAAAAAGCAAUAAGUAUGGACCGCACCGCUCGGAAGAACCAGAUCCAAGUCUGCCUCUCAUUUCCAAUUCUGGGAAAUCUUUGGGCAAUGCGAUUCAUCCGAGAUGUCAAAGAAGGUGCUUCCGCAAAGCUCACGGGAAUUAUCAACGAGCACCACCUAUUCGAAAAGAUGAAGACAGCGUUAACUGCCUAUUACCGAGGACAACCUGAUGUCUUCCAGGUAACAGAAGUCCCAGAUCGAUACAUGUUCCACGGGACACUCGCGGACAUAGCAAAGCACAAGACAGGUGGUAACUCCGAAGACGACGAAGAGGACGACAUCGAUCAGAGCAGCGAAGACGAAGGCUCUGCCUCGGAUAGCGAAUCAGUCAUCGCGCUUCAGGAACAACUUGAUAAGAAUGAACUUGAGACUCAUUCCUUUCUCAUCGGAGAGUAUGACCCCAUGAGUCUACUAGCUGAUCUAAACAAUGUCGAUUGGAAUCAGAAAAUCGACCUCUGGACCGUCGACAAGAUCAAGCAUGUCCGCAAGAACACCGUGACUAGAGAAGGAGUCAUGCAGAAGUACCGACAAGUCUUUGAAGAGAUAAAUUCUUUUGAGAUUACAGGCAGCACCUUCACGACAAUCAGCUCUAUGACAAAGGCUGAAAAGGCGGUGCUGCCUGAAGAUAUCAAACACACUAUCGCGCUCAUUUGCUUGAACAAAGAUAAGAAGCUAUACCAGGAGAUGAAGGACAUUCUGAGCCAGGACAAGCAAUCCGCCGAGGAAGACGUGAUUGAAUGGCUAGAGCCAGCCAAGUUCCCGGUAGCCUGUCCAGUUUCGGAAACAAUCUCAGAUUGGAUGCAGAUGAGCAGACUUUGGAAGGGAUCUAAGAUGGAAAACUUCUUCUCCAAAAGUGCCCAGCGGAUGCGGACUGCAUUGGAGACCCUGAAGGAAAGAGAGCAGAUUCUUUUGCAAGCACUGGCAGAUCGACCAGGUUCCGAGAGAGUGGUUGCCAUGAUCACUAAGUUGUUCGAAAAGAUGGAUCGCCAGACUAAAGAAAUGAAUCGCCAGACGACGGAAAUGCUGGAUCGCCAGACUAAAGAAACGAACCGCCAGAAUGAAAUCUUGGAUUGCCAGAAUGAAAUGUUGGUUCACCAUGGUGUUAUAUUGGAUCAUCUUUUUUCAGCUUCCAUGUCAAAGCUCGAAACGGGAAAGGAUGGCUUCCCCAAUAAACGACAACGAACGGAGCGCGAGGGCCCGUUGGAAACAGAAAACAAGAAUGCCAAUUCUGCCCUGGACUUCUCAGAGGAAGCCUCACUAAAGCAGAUGGAUCAGGACUUGUCGACAACGCUUGAUGGAAUGGAAACUACCAUGCGUGGAUUCCUCGAGACCACAAAGAAGCAUUUAGAUGCAGGUAAUGUCGAGGGACUGGUCCACGCUCUCGCUCUCCUUCCUAGUGAGCUUUGCCAAUGGAUUAAGAAUGAUGAUGACCGCAUCGAAUGCUACAGUGAUGAGAAGAUGAAGGAAUGGAUUGCAAGAUUCAAUGGGCAGGCCCCACAAGGCGCAGAACAAACCCAACCUGGACAAGUUCAGUCAGGACAAGUCCAACAGUCGCAGUUCCAGUCGUUCGCCGCGAACCCAUCAACAUCCCGACACAGCCUUUUUGGCUGGGGGAAUAAGUGA